AUGAAGGACCUGCAGAACGUCUUCCAGUCCAGUUUGUGGAAACUGAACGACUUCAACGUGACGGAUUUCCACUUCCCCGAGCGCCUGCGUGAUGAAAGGCCUUUCAGUCUGAGGCUGAAGGGAGGAGCCAGUCGCUGUCAGGGGGAGGUGCAGCUUCAGAGACCAGGUCUGGAAUGGACUCCAGUGGAUGCAAACUAUGUUCCUCUUGAGUUUGGAUCCAGAGUUUGUUCUGCGCUGGACUGUGGCUCUGCUCUCUAUGUGGAGGCAACAGCAGUUCCUGAACGAAAAGCUGUGAGAGUCAAAAAAGUCUGUGAGGAGACUGAACUUAUCAGCUGUUUUUGGAAUGAGCCGUUUGACUCAGAUAAAAGUCUAGAGCUCAAGUGCUCAGACUCUGUGCGGCUGGUUGGAGGCUCUGGUCUCUGCUCUGGAUCACUGCAGAUAUGGGACCAGUCCUGGACCUCGGUCUGUGAAGGGGCCUUGGACCUGCGGGGAGCAGAGGUGCUGUGCAAGGAGCUGGACUGUGGGCCUCCUUCUGUCCUCCAGGGGGAGCUCUCUCCUCCGGGGCCAACAUUCCACUGUGAGGGCCAUGAGUCUGGUCUGAAGGACUGUCCCCGCUCCAGACCCAAGACCUGUUCCUCUGGACCCAGUGCAGACAUAAUCUGCUCAGAGCCACUCAGGCUGGAGGGAGGAGCCAGCCGCUGUGCUGGGGUCCUGGAGCUGACUGAAAUCAACAAGAGCUUGAGUCUUUAUGAGAUCUGCUGUGGAGAUCUGUGUCCAGAGUGUGAUGAAGUCCUCUCUGUCUCAGACUCUGUGCGGCUGGUUGGAGGCUCUGGUCUCUGCUCUGGAUCACUGCAGAUAUGGGACCAGUCCUGGACCUCGGUCUGUGAAGGGGCCUUGGACCUGCGGGGAGCAGAGGUGCUGUGCAAGGAGCUGGACUGUGGGCCUCCUUCUGUCCUCCAGGGGGAGCUCUCUCCUCCGGGGCCAAUAUUCCGCUGUGAGGGCCAUGAGUCUCGUCUGAAGGACUGUCCCCGCUCUCAGCUCAAACCUUGUUCCUCUGGAUCCAGUGUGAAAAUCAUCUGCUCAGAGCCGCUCAGGCUGGUGGAAGGGGCCAGUCGCUGUGCCGGGACAGUGGAGCUCAGACACAGAGGAGAGUGGAGACGAGUGACGAAUAAAAGAGAUUGGACUGAGCAGGACUCAGCUGCUGUGUGCAGAGACCUGGACUGUGGAUCUGCUGUUUCUGGAGAUCAGAAAGAUGGUUUUCCAUACAGUCCUGUGUGGCCGAUCUCACCAGACUGCACAAAGAGGAAGACCAAAGUGAGAGACUGUAUUUCCUCCCUUUUCUCCACUUCUGAUGGUGUGGAGGUGAUGUGUUCAGACUUACUGAACCGUCCAGUCCUGUCCCUCUCUAUGACUGCGGGGGUCUCCCAGGUCCAGGUCUCCCAGGUCCAGGUCUCCAAAGUCGGGGUGGAGGUCGUGCGUGUGCAGUUUGGGUCUCAGUUCCUAGUCCAGUGCUCGGUGAAGCCUCAGUUCCCAGGAGGCUCCUUCCAGCUGCUCUCUCCCUCUGGGAACCACACCCUGCCUGCUGUCAAUCAUUCUGCACACUUCCUGUUCAAUCACACUGGCCCCGCCCACAAAGGAGACUACACCUGUGUAUACCACCUACAGGUGUUCAACCACAGCUUCACCUCUGAGAGCAAGAGACUGGAGCUGAAGCUGGGAGUUUUAAACUCAGACCUGAUCAUUAGAGUCCUGAUUAUUCUACUGAUGAACCUCCUGCUCAUCCUGCCAAUGUACUACUACUACUUCUACAAGCCUAAGUCCAGAAGAGGCGCUAGUGAAAUGCCUCAGGACAUUAUCCCCAAAGAUGAGGUCAUCACAGACACAAUAGAACUACAUCAGAGCUUCAUUGGAGCUAGGAGAGAGGCGGAGAGAAGAGAAGAGGGACCUGUAGAGGAGGGAGGAGGAGAGAUGCCCUUCCGGCUCCUUAGAAGGAGCACCGCCCCUGUUCUCUCUCUCUACUCCCCGCGGCUCCUCCUCUGCCCCAGUCCGCUCUGGACGCACUGGAGAGCGGCCGUGAGCUGCUCCCUCUCCCGCUCCUCUCUCCACACACUCGGCCAGUUCAGAGCCUGUUUGCGGGCAUCGCUCCAUCACUUUCACCGCUGUCUCCCGCUCCUGUCACGCCCCAGUCCCGGCUCCUGUCUGGACCUGGACUCUCGAGACUCCGGACAGCUCCUCACGCACGCCCCAGGACAGAAGCAGCCUCUGUAUCUGCCUCCUUCAGACGAGAUCAAACUCUUCUUCAAACUCUUCUUCAAACUCUUCUUCAAACUCUUCUUCAAACUCUUCUUCAAUCUCUUCUUCAAACUCUUCUUCAAACUCUUCUUGUCUCGCGGCGAAACAAUAGAAGGGCUCAGAAUAGGAAUGUGA